CAAACAAUACAGCACAGGGACCAACCAACCACCACUAACUGCCUGCCAGCCACUAAGCACGCCGUGGGUCGGAGGAGGCCAAAAAGAGUAGAGCAACCCGGCAAAGCACCACCGGCAAGGGUCCAGCACGCCCCCCACCCAGCAAUCGCAAAAGAUAGAAGGGUGUUUUUCCCACGAAAUACUAUGCUGGGUAAGGGUUCUCCUGAGCAGCACCACCACAACAACAACAACCACCACCAAAGUCGCCUCACUACGAAGAACUCGCAAAACCCUCUGCUGGCUGAGCAGGGGGAACGGGAAACCCCAAUGCAGCAACAUCAUAAUCCUCAAAGCACAAACAAACAGCAGCCACCGCCACCGCAACAGCAAAAUCAGCAACAGCAAGUGCAGCAAUCACAGCAAAUCCCGCAACUACACCAGCAUCAGUUGUCGGCUGCCUCGCACCAACAGCACCAACAGCACGCGCACCAGCAACAUCCACAACAACUGCCAGGACAGCACCAACAACAGCAGCCGGCAAGGGGUUUUUUCGGUCGCCCGCCCGGGGCAGGGCAGUUCCUUCCCGGAGCGUCUGGUAUGCCUGCUCUAGACCAGUCAAAGUUCAGCAAUCCUUAUACCCAAAGCAAGCCACAUAACUUGGGUGCGGCAGGUCCAAUACCCAUGCUGGGAACGUCGGCACCUGGGAACUUGGGUGUUGGUGGGAACGCGAUCCACGCGAUGCAGCAACAGAGAGGAGGCCAAUUCGCCGGUGCUCCCACGGCGACGAACAAUGCAUAUGGCAAUGUCGAUUAUGCGCUGUUCAACCAGGCGGCGCUCUUUCAGCAACAGCAGCAGUUGAGAAUAAUGCAGCAGCAGCAACAGCAGGCACAAAUUGCGUCUCAACUGCAAGCAGCGCGACAAGGAGCGUCUUUCAAUCAGUUGCAGAACGAUCCGAAUAGGGCGAACAUCGUGGGAGGGCAAUUUUAUCCCGGAAUUGGACGCUCGCAAGCGCUGGUACCUCCCACUGGAGGAAGUUCGAACAUUCAAGCCCCAUCGUAUCCACCGAAUGCUUUUCCUGCGGGAUCGCGAAUUGUUGCCCAGCAACCACCUACAUCAAUCCCAAGCGGAUGGAACGUAAAUACCGCUUCACGAGGAGCGAUGGGUCAGUGGCCGGCUGGGGUCAGCAAUCUGGGUAAUGGCGCCUCUGGGCCUAGGGGGCAAGCAGAAACCACACCUGCAGCUAGCUAUGGGAUGCCAUCAGCAUCUAGCGCAGCGAUUGCGAAUUCUCAACCGUCAACGACGCCGCAAAUCCCGACCGCAGGCGUUUCCGUUGUUGUUCCUCACUUAGCCGCACCACCACAUAUACCGCAACCAGGGGCACAACAACAGCAUACACAACCGCAGUCUCGGCAAAUUCCUGCAGUCCAGCAGCAACAACCCGAUGCGCAAUACAAUACCAAUCAAAGAUACCCAAACCAGCUACCCCUGCCCCUACCGCCGCCUGAUAACCCGGUCGAUGGCGGCAUCAACGCAAAAAUGACGUGGACGACGUACCUGGCGGAACAAGCAAGGACGCAGCCUAUCCAGCUGAAACCACCGGCCCCAAAACGAGUGCGGAAAGACUCUGGUUCAUCUAUAACGCAUGGCAACCAACAUUCUGCAUCCGUGGAGGGAUCGCCUGCGCGGAGGUUGGCUUCUAUACCUCCUGCGGAGCCGAUGCCUCAAGGCGCAGCGGCCAACAGUUUUGAACCGCAGCAUCAGAGGCACCAACCUUCAAACAACACACAGGAUGGUCAGGAGAUGCCGGAAGAGAAGACGGUGGAGUUUCAACGGUAUCUGCAGUCAGUACAAGAGCAAAGCAAGCAGCUGCAGUCACACGUGCAGGACUCGCUGAGAGCGCGAUCGCGGGAAACUCCACCGCGGCCGCCUUCGCAACUCGCGUAUCAGGGUCAACCCGACCCGCACUUUCCACCAGGGGUUGACCCCCGUGCUAAUCAAACUUCAAAGACCCAGCAACAGCACGCGAAACCGCCUGGAAUGAUGGACGGCGCUCGAUAUGGUUCGAAUCCCCCGAUGUCAGAAGCGAUGGCUGCGCAGGACGCUUUGCGCUUCCAACGACCGGCUGGUCAAUGGGCGCCAGGGUGGCCAACCAGCGUGGCGGAUGGUAGUGGACAGACAAUGAGCCAGUCCCCUUCCGGGACGAGUCGACCGGAGCAGUUUCAGCGAAUGUCGGUACCGGUCUCGCAACAAAACAUGUAUGGGAUACCGCAGCAGCCGGUUUCAUACUCGCAACUUGGUCCAACGCAUGGAGGCGGAAACCACGUCGCACAUGCUGCCAACUCUGCUGCAGGUCAGCGACCACGGCCCGGGCCGCCCUCAUACGGUGCGGGGAGUCCGCUGAGUACAAACGCCCUUCCUUCAGGGAUGCAAAUGGCAGGCGGGCGACCUCCAACCAUCAGGCAAGCAGACGUGGACGCUUGGAUGGCCCGGUAUAAGCAGUAUAUGGACUACAUCAAACACCCACUUCAACGCAUACCCCACGUCGCGGGCAAACCGGUCGACAUGUACGCCCUCUUUCACACGGUGGUGGAAGGCGGUGGAUACGACCACAUCACGCACGACCGCAGAUGGAGGAUUAUUGCGGAGAGGCUGGGCUACGCAGGACAUUCGAAUGCACCGUCCUCGCUCAAGAAGAAUUACAUGAAUCUGUUGCAUGCGUAUGAGAAUGCGACGUAUCCGCAGUUGAGUCUGGAUAAGGCGGCUGGGAAGGUUCAGAUGCCGAGGAACUUGAAUACUGCUUUUAGUGAUAAAUCGGAUAUGUCUUCUUCGCCUCACCGCCCAGCGAUGCUGGGUGUACCUGGAACGCCAACCAAUCGGCUGCCGCCUUAUGCGGUCGCUCAACAAUCCAUGCAACCCCCCCACCCGCAACAACAUCGAAUGCAAUCUCAGAUGCAUCAGAUGGUCCCUAACCCGUCCGAAAUGCAGGCGCCUCCGCAGAGACAACAUCACAACUUCCCCAAUGUCGGUCCCGCGCACAUGUCUUCAGCUCAAUACCACCAGAGCAUGCAGGGUGGGAUAGACCUGGGGCAGCCAAUGCACAGGGACGGGAUGCAGCAGCCGUCGAAUAAUUUAUUGCAUCAGAAGCAGCACAGCAUCCCGGCUCCGGUGGUUGAGUUACCGCCAGAACCAGCGCCACCGCCACGAAAACCGGUUUUUGAACCGCAAGUGCGGAUAGUCGAGUCGUAUGGAGGGUUGGAUUUUAAGGGCGCGGUCCCCAACGUUCUUGCGCCUACGAAAGCGUUUUACGGUGGACAGGUCGACCUCCGCAGGCUGGAGAUGUCGCUGAGGAGUGGGAUUGAGCAUGAGAUUCGAUGGGCGCUGGAUUUAUUGCUGGUUGCGUCGAGCAAGAAAAGCGGGUUGAAGAUACCACUUCAGGACUGCCCUGAAUUAUUAUGGGUCAUCUGCCACUUGGUGACAUCGUGGAUGGAAAGCUGCGAGGUUCCCGAUUCACCGCAGGGCUACCGGUCUCUUGCCUCCACAAUCGGGCAGGAGCAUUUGCGAGUCGGCAAGCGAAAGAAACGGACGUUUGACGUCAUGGACGCAGAUGAGGAUCGUGCUUUGGUGGGGAGCAUGAUUUUGAGGAAUAUCAGUUUCGGCGAGGUCGGGUUGACGAUGGCUGGGGAUAAGAUCUUUUUGGAAACAUUGCAGAAGAUGCUCACCAUCCAAACUGGCGAAACGCGCGGCGCGUCGGCGGCGCUGGAGCACCGAAAGAACGCCUUGAUAAUCUUGUCGAACAUUGGUGGGCGGAUCAGUUUCCCGGUAGGCGAUUCGGUCCAGAUCAUUUUGGACGUGUUGUCUGACUUCUUGGACGAUCUGGACACGCCGUACGCCUUCCCUGCUCUCGAAGCCUUGGCGAAGGUCACAUUGACUUACCAGAACGCGGAUCUCGCCGCGGAGACGGAUUUGGAUAAACUAGCGCUUCUCUGCGAACGACUCUUGCUCGCAUUACCCACCGACGGCCUCAAGAUGGACGCCACUCCCGAAGACCUCGCGAGCUGGGAAAUGGCCAGCAUCGCACUGCACAAUCUCACCCAAUCCAAUGACUCCAUCAAACUCCGCCUCGUCCACAUCCCCGGUUUUAUCACCCUCAUGCUCCGUCUUUCCAUACCGCCUUCAUCAGACCUGCACCCUUCCCUCACACUACCACAAUCAACCCGCGGCGUCUCGCAAAUGGCUACAGCGAGCAUCAGCCAGCGGUGUAUGCGCACGCUGGCGGAGUUCAGCUCGGUGAGGGGAUGUCGACCUGCGUUGGCGAAGCAUGAACGGCUUUUUGUGGAGAUUGUGACGGAUGGGGUUGGCGAUGGGGAGGUUGAACGGUUGGCUAGUGAGGUUUUGUGGGGAUUGCAUGAGGAGUGAUGACAUGCGAAGGAGAGGGUGUUUGGAUGGGUGGUGCCGCCUAGUUAGGGGUCAUGGUGGUGACACACGCAUGCCUAGGAUAAGCCCUCCCCAGUCUGCAUGGACGCCGACCAACCCGCGCGGCAUGGGGAGGUAAUGGAAUCACCGUGCUGCUCAUCACGGGCGCACGUAUGGUCCGGGCAGAGAAGAGCUGGAUCACCGUCCUUGGGAGAAGGUUGAGGGUCUGGUUGCGAGUCGUAAUUUUGGCAUGUGUACAUACGAACAGGAUAUUGUUGUCUUUGGACGACGCACACGUUGAUGUUCCGAGUUCCCGUGCUGUUAUGUUUCUUGUGGGAGCACCUUGUCAGAUGUUUGCCGGUCUCAGUGCUUUUCUGAGAAUACUGUAUUACUGAAUACACACUAUGA